AUGCAGGCUGCAAUUUGUGGCGCCACCCGGAGCGCUGUGGCCGGGGCGCUCAGGCCCUGCGGCAGCGGCGGCGCCUUUGGCGGAGGACGCUCCCUGCUGGCGGCACCCUCCUUCAGCCACCAUAAGCUGUCGGGGAGGCACCACACAGCCGCAGCGCUGAGCCGACGUGAGCUUCUGGGCAGCUCUGCCGCUGCUGCUGUGGUGCUGCCACCGCUGACGGCGCAGGGAGCGACCACUGGCGGCACGGCAGGCGUGGCAACAGCUUCUGCGGCAGCAGUGGCACCUGCAGCAGGCGUGCAGCAGCGGGAGCUGACUACAGAGAUCGAUUCAUACGGCGUUGAGCGCCUGGCCCUGCAGCCUGAAGGCUGGAACAGCUGGGGGUGGCGCGGUCAGAAUGUCAACUGGCUGUCAGCGGGCGACAGCGGGCCGGUGGUGCUGCUGAUCCACGGGUUCGGCGCCAGCGUAUACCACUGGCGGUACAAUGUGCCGCAGCUGUCCAAGCACUGCCGCGUGUAUGCGCUUGACUGCCUGGGUUUUGGGUGGAGCAGCAAGCCGGUCGUGGAGUAUGAUGGCUAUGAGCUGUGGACCGAGCAGAUUUCGGACUUCAUUCGGGAUGUGAUUGGCGGCGACGAGCGCGUCGUGCUGGUGGGCAACAGCCUGGGCGGGUACAACGCGCUGGAAACGGCAGCGCGCCAGCCAGACCUGGUCAGGGGCGUGGUGCUGCUGAAUGCGGCGGGGCGGUUUGACGAGGAUGGGGCGGAGGAGGGCGCUGCUGUAGCCACAGAGGAGCAGCAGAGCCUGUGGAGCCGCGUGGCAGAGCAAGUCACCGCCUCUGUCAAGCGCAGCGUCGUGUUUGCAUCCUUCAUCUUCACCAAGCAGCCCGCCCGCAUCCGCCAGGUGUUAAAUCAGGUCUACGAGUCGCCCGCCCAUGUGGACGACGACCUCGUCCGCAGCAUCUCCCUGCCCGCCCAGGACCCCAACGGCCCCGAAGUCUUUUACCGCGUCAUCACCGCGCGCGGCCAAGCCAUGAAUCGCCUGCUGGCAAAGCUGAGCAACAUGCCGCUGUUCCUGCUAUGGGGCGAAAAGAUCCAGCGCUACUACCCCGCCGCCAAGCGCACCGACAUCGUCAGGCAAGCCGCCCACAUCAAGCCCGCCCGCCGGCAUGCCUGCCUGACAGGCUGGCAGGGCUUGAUUGGUCAUAGCCCGCACGACGACCACCCCGAGCUGGUCAACAAGGAGCUGCUGGGCUGGCUGGCCGAGCUGCCCUGA